AUGCCCAAGGGAAAGUGGAUUGACAAAAAGAGUGCCCAGCACUUUACGCUGGUGCAUCGCCCACAAAAUGAUCCCCUCAUCUACGACGAGAAUGCGCCGUCGAUGGUGCUGAACCCAACUGAAGGCAGCAAGAAUGCAGGCAAGGCAAAGAAUCUCGGGGAUCUGGCCUCUGAGCUUGGUUCCGACGCCGAACACAUUCGUGCCAACGAGGGCGAGGCUGCCAACUACGGUGUCUACUAUGACGAUUCCGAGUACGAUUACAUGCAACAUUUGCGCGACCUAAAUACUGGAGGUGGCAAUGUCGUUUUCGUCGAGGCCAAGACAACGGGAAAUGCUGGCAAGGGCAAACAGACGCAGUCUCUGGAGGAAGCGCUGAAAAAAAUGGACUUGGAGCACAAGGCACAGGAAGUCAUAGGCCCGGAUAUGCUGCCGUCAAAAGACCUACCGCGCAUGACAUACGAUCAGCAGCAGGAUGUUCCAGACGCCAUUGCUGGAUUCCAACCAGAUAUGGACCCCAGAUUGCGGGAAGUGCUGGAGGCUCUGGAGGAUGACGCCUAUAUUGACGAGGAGGAUGCCGGAAUCUUCGAACAACUAGCCAAUGACGGAUACGAGAUUGACGAGCAUGAGUUUGAGGAUAACCAGUUUGAUGAUGAUGAGGGGUGGGAGUCUGAUGAUACCGCAAAGCCCAACAAGGAAUACAAGGACGGCGAGGUACCAGAGCUAGUAGCGGUCCAAGAAGAGCCCGAGCAAGGCCCCUCACAAGACUGGCUGGAAGAUUUCAAAAAGUUCAAGAAGGAACAAAAAUCAGGUGGUCCGCCCAAAGCUGCGGGCGCACCCUCUCAGUCCGAGCUGCAGUCCACAUGGACCACAACCACAAAUGGUGGCCGCAGAAAGAAGAGAAAGGGCGCGCUAACUGUUGCGUCUGGGUUUUCCAUGUCGUCUUCUUCGCUAGUGCGAACAGAGCAGCUGUCUUUCCUCGAUGCGCGUUUCGACAAGAUUGAAGAAAAGUACAACGAGGACCUCGACGACAUGGGCUCAGUGUCAGCCAUUUCAACAGCGUCGAGUGUCACAGGCCCGAUUCGCGGCGACUUUGACGGCAUCAUGGACGAGUUUCUUGGCAGUUAUGGCGGCAAGCCCGGCAAGAGAACAUCUAAGAAGUCUAAGGCACAGACUGGUCUGGAGCAGCUGGAGGAGAUACGCAGAGAGCUAGGCCCUCCACGAAUAAAGGGAAGGCAGUAA